CAGGGUUCGACUGGCUUUCCAAGGGGGCGACUUAGAAGAGGACCUAAUGUGAUUGUUGCAAAUGUAGCUUGCAAGGCUAGAGGCUCUGAUCUUAGGGUUCAUUUCAAGAAUACCAGGGAGACUGCCUUUGCAAUCAGGAAGCUGCCCCUUGUUAAGGCAAAGAGGUACCUGGAGGAUGUUCUGGCCCACAAACAGGCUAUUCCAUUCCGACGCUUCUGCGGUGGUGUUGGGAGGACUGCCCAGGCCAAGAACAGACAUUCCGACGCUUCUAUAAAUAUUUUAUUAGAAAAGUCUAGGAUAGGGGCCAGCACUUUUUUAACAAUCUGGCCAGCACUUAAUCAUCAAAAGAAAAGUGAGUGAUCUCCCACCAUUGGA